ACCCGCUAAUUUUUCUUUUCUCGGCGCGUCUCAGAGCCAUCUCCAUCACAAAGCUCGAGAACUCAUCCCCGCCGCCUCCGAGUCCCCUUCCUCACCUCCUCCUCCUGCCAAGAGGCGAGAAGAAGAGGAAGAAAGAAGGGAAAAAAGAUUAACGAAAACAAAAAACAAGGAGAGAGGGGAAAAGAAGGCAAACAAAAAAGAAAGAAAAUGUCCAAGAAGAAAUCUUUCAGCGGAUCGACGACGAUGACGCUCAAAGACUUCCAUGGCGGAUCCAUCCCUUCCAACCUCCCACUGCCGUCCGCCCCCGGCGUCUCCGUGAGGCCUCCGGAUCGGCUUGCCCCCUGGGGCCCUGCCGCGGUCGGCGCCGCCGGGAAGUCCGACCACCAACGCUCCCGACCCGGAUCCGCCGGCGGUGGCACCCGAGCCUUCGACGAGCGGCCGCCCGUGUUUCUUUCCCAUCCCGCUAACAUCGGCCGCCACUUCGACGAGGACGAACGCAAGCCCUUCGACGCCUCCUCCGCCCCCCGCCGCCCCGCAGCCGUCGACCCCAUCCGGCCCACCGCCACAGCGGACCAGAAGCGCCCGAUCUCGAGCCCGGAUGCCGCCGCCCCUGUCUCUGGGUUCCCCCCGUCUUCCGGCAGCAACGUUGGUCCCCCUCCGAAUGCUUGGGCUGCGAGGAAGGAACCUGUGAGCGAGCCGCUGCCCACCCAUUCCACCACCACGAUGUGGCCCGCCUCGAGACUCGCGCAGGCAAGUGCGGUCGAGAAGAUGUCUUCGGGACGGUGGCAGUCGAAGCCGCCUGAGGGUGAGGCCAUCAGAUUGCAGGAGACGGAAGUUUUCGACCGGAGGUUUGGUGAGAGCGUCCGAAUCGUUGGUGUUGGAGAUCGGGACUACGAGAAAGAGAGGAUGAGGUCCACGGAAUACCCUGAAGCCAAGGAAAGAGCUUUAAUGGGAUAUUGUACUGAUGGGGCGAGGGACCAGGAGCGGGUGAGAUCUCCAGUUUAUCCAGAGGUGGAGAGGAAUGCAGCUAACUUAUACGAUGAAGGGGCUCGUUCAACGUCCCGCGAGGGGAGAUUCAGUGGGUCGCAGUUGCAUCAGCAAGGAUUGGUGGAAGUAUCGGAGCGUCCGAAGCUGAAGCUACUCCCCAGGACGAAGCCUUCGGAGCCUUCCUCUGAGACACUGGGAAUUGCUGACAAUCAGGGAUAUCAGCCACCUGUGAGCUCAGUGCAGAUUGAAAGCGUUCAUGAAAUGCAUCCAACUACAAAUCCACUGAAAGCGGCCUCUGCUGGGGCUGAUGAUGGGAGUAAAGCAGUUGAACGUCCAAGAUUGAAUCCGAAACCCCGCUUCCUGCCUGUUGAGCAGUCAGAUGAAAGUGCUGAACGAACAAGGCAAACUGUGUUUGGUGGUGCUCGCCCGCGAGAAAUUGUUUUGAAGGAGCGCGGGGUCAAUGCUUUUGCUGCUAAUGAUCUUGACAUGACUGUACCAGCUAACAGGGUUAAAAAUGACCUUCUGAAGACUGACCCAAAGCUGGAGCCCGGUCCUACCACCCGGCCUGGUGGAAGGUCUGAGACCUUUACCCUUGUACAAAGGGCCGGAAGGGAUCUUGAGAGAAAAGACCAUCGGCCUGAUGUCGAGAAAGUGGAUGUGCAGAGGAGUUCAUGGAGGAACAACAGCUGGAGGACAACUAGAGAGAUUGAAAAGCCACUGGAACAACCACGCCCAGAUCCUGGCAGCUGGCGCAAGCCUGUUGAGGAACCGGAGCCUGAUGUCGCAGGGCCUCGUUUUGGGAAAGCAGCCUCUGCGUUGGAGCUUGCUCAAGCUUUCACAAAGCCAGUGUCUGAUUGCAGGCCUGAGAACCGCUUCACUGGCCAGAGGAACCUUCCCAGCCGGACUCAGGUGCCCUUUUCCCGUUUGACAGAUUACUCCGGGCCCCCCCAAAGACAGUUGAAUGGCUAUUGAUCUCUUUUGAAUCAGAGAAUGGGUGGUCCACGGGAAUUCAUUCCUACUGCAAAACACUGGCAACCUGCUGCUGGUAUUCUAUCUUCAGAUAUUAUGGGUCUUGUUUGUUCUUCUCUCUUUCAUUAACCCUGGGAGGUUAGGUGGGUUGCCUUCUGAGAGGCAAGAUCCAAGCUGCAGAUUUUAUUUGACCCCAGAGAAUCUGUUUUUACAUCAUCAUUCUCACCAAGGGAGAUGGAUAAUGAAGAAAUCUUUCAAUCUGUUGCUUUGAUCUUUUUGAUGACAGAGUUGUGUCUUAUAGAAACUGAUGCUGAACUGAGAAAUUUGAAGAUUAUUGUGCAUUGCUGACAUUAAUCAAAAUCCUAAAAGAUUUGGCCCAGAAUGUGUACGAGGUAUUUCAGCCGUUUACAUUGACGAUGAUGGUCCAAAAAACAUGUCACCUGAUAUGCUUAGAAUUGUUGUUUCUUU